AUGACAGAGUGCUGUUUCUGAUCCCAUUAGAUGUUCGCGCAAGCAAUAUAUAAGCUUAUUAUUGUUGGUGGUAAGGAUGAAGAAAGCUUUCGGUUGAUGGGUGAUGAAGAAUGAGAUCAUUCCAUGCUUCGAAGAGGAACGCCUGCCUCUUUCCUUCGCCGAAGACCAAACCCUGCGCCGCUCUUGCACGCCCCUUGAAUCCAUCGGAUCAUCAUAGCAGGCGGUCGCUUUCCACUCAUUUCAUCAAGCAGCCUCCCGACGCUCCCGAUCGGCCACACUCGCCGAGCACAUUUCUUCCUCUGCUGUCUUCCUGCCCUGACAUCGCCGCCCUCAGGAGGAUCCACGGCCUGAUUCUUGUCCAUGGUCUCCACCGACACCUCCCAUGUCAGACCAAACUGUUCAGCUCCUAUGGUUCCCUUGGAGACAUCGAAUCCGCCCGCAUGGUGUUUGAUAGAAUUCCUGACCCAGACCUUUACUCGUGGAGAGUGAUGCUUCGGUGGUACGUUUUGAAUAAGCAAUAUGCUGACGCGAUUAGGUGUUACUUGCAGAUGAGAUACCGUUUCCGUGAGCUCGAUAACACGGUCUUCUCGCUUGUGUUGAAGGCCUGCGUCAAGUUGCUCGAUCUUGACGAAGGCAGGAAGCUGCACGGCCACACAGCCAAGGUUGGAGGUCCUGAUAGUUUCGUGCUCAACGUUCUCAUUGACAUGUAUGCGAAAUGCGGAGACAUGGAUUCUUCUCGACGAUUGUUUGAUGGACUCGAAGACAGAAAUGUGGUUUCAUGGACUUCGAUGAUAUCUGCGUAUGCUCAAAAUGAUUGUGCUGCAGAAGCAGUGCUUCUGUUCAAUCGGAUGCAAGAGGAGGACGUUGAGCUUAACGAGUACACGGUGGGGAGUAUGUUCACUGCAUGCUCGAUGCUAGAUUCCUUACAUCAAGGAAAAUGGGUGCAUGGUCGUGUGAUAAAGCAUGGAAUGUGUAUGAAUUCCUUUGUAGGUAGCGCACUCCUAGAUAUGUACGUGAAGUGUGGGGAAGUUGCAGAUGCCCGUUCUGUCUUUGAUGAACUGGAUGAUGUGGAUCUCAUCUCGUGGACUGCUAUGAUUGUUGGGUAUACGCAGAGAAGGUGUCCGCUCGAGGCAUUGAAGCUAUUUUCUGAUACAAAAUGGGUGGCAAUGGUUCCUAACUCGGUGACCAUAGCUAGUGUUCUUUCUGCUUCUGCACAGUUGAGGGACUUGGAAUCGGGUAAUUCAAUUCAUGCACUUGGGAUCAAAUUAGGGAUAGCAGAGUGUUCCGUGGUGAUGAAUGCGCUUGUUGAUAUGUAUGCAAAAUGCUGCAUGCUCGAGGAAGCUAAUUCUAUAUUCAAAAGGGUUUAUCGGAAGGAUGUCGUUACCUGGAACGCAAUGGUUGCAGGGUACUCUCAGAAUCACCAAGGCCAAGAAGCUUUGACACUCUUCAACCAAAUGAGGUCAGAUGGGUGCUCACCGGAUGCUGUCACAGUAGUGUGUGUUCUCUCUUCUUGUGCCUGCUUGGGAGAUAUACACCUUGGCAGUUCCUUGCAUGCAUAUGCCAUCAAGUUUGGAUUUCUUUCCAAUACUCAUGUUGGUACAACUCUUAUCAAUUUCUAUAACAAGUAUGGUGACGUGACGUUAGCUAACAGAGUCUUUGAUGAGAUGAGCAAUAGGAAUGCUGUGACAUGGUGUGCGAUGAUGUGUGGCUAUGGAAUGCAAGGUGAUUCUGCUGGCUCUAUUGAUCUAUUCAGAAGAAUGGUGGAAAAAGACUUGCAGCCCAAUGAAGUAACAUUCACUAGCAUCCUGUCGACAUGUAGCCAUACAGGUAUGGUUGAUGAAGGACGUGAGUAUUUUGAUAGUAUGUCUAAACAUUAUAACAUAUCUCCCUCCAUGAGACACUAUGCAUGUAUGGUUGAUAUGCUAGCCCGAGCUGGAAAGAUUGAGGAAGCACUGGAAUUCAUAGACAGAAUGCCGGUGCAAGCAGAUAUUGAUGUCUGGGGAGCUUUGCUUCAUGGUUGCAGAAUGCACUCGAGGUUUGAGCUCGGGGAAGUGGCAGUAAAGAGGAUGAUGGAAUUGCUCCCACAUACUUCGGAUUAUUAUGUCCUCAUGUCCAAUUUGUAUGCUUCAGAUGGGAGGUGGAAUGAAGCGGUUCAGAUCAGGAAAUUGAUGAAGGAAAGAGGUCUGGUCAAGCUGCCAGGUUGUAGCUCUUUAGGAAUGAAUAAUCCAUGAAGUUCCAACAACAUCAAUCAAAAUCUAUUUGAAACUCGGUACAUCAGAUUAUGUAAUUCAUGAAGGAAAUAGGUCUGGUCAAGCUGCCAGGAUGUAUCUCCUUAGGAAUGGACAACCUUGAAGUUCUGACAUUAACCAGGAUUUUUUUCUGAAGCAAAAUACAGGACAACAUUUGUGUUCUGAUCAGGAAGUUCAUGAAGGAAAUAGGUCUAGCCAAGCUGCCAUGAUGAAGCUGUCUAGGAUUGGAUAAUCCAUGAAGUUCUGACACCAAUCAGAGUUUAUUUGAAACAACAGCACAACAGAUGAGAUAAUUCAUGGAGGAAAUAAGUCUGGUCAAGCUCCCAGAAUUUAGCUCUUUAGGAAUGGAUAAUCCGGGAAGUUCCAGCACUAAUGAGAAUUUAUUUGAUCCACAGGACAUCAUUUAUGUUCAAAUCAGGAAAUUGAUGAAGGAAAUAGGUUUGGUCAAGCUACAGGAUGUAGAUCUCCGGAAUGUGUAAUCUGCCAUAUUCUAUUACCAUGGAGUUUGGCACCAAUCAGAACACAUUUGAAACUAUCCAGAUGACAUCAAUCACUUUGUCUAUCACGCUGAAGGAUUUCUAGCCACAUGGAGAGAUGGUAUGACCGA